AUGCAAAAAGUGAAACCAGAUGUUCCUUCUUCUAGUUGCUUCACAUCCACGCAGGGGCUUGGAGGAGGAGGCAGUAAAAACGCCAGGGCCCGUGAUGGCCGACGCCCAGGAAUUGGAUUUCUCUUGGGAAUGGACUACCAGAUGCAAGAGAACUUGGUGGGAAUGGACGUCAGGAAGCAGAGCUUUGCUGCAGGGAUCGAACCUGCACCCCUGCAUUGGAAGGCGAAGUCCCAGCUACUGGAGCACCAGGGAGGUCCCUCCUGCAGCCCUUCUUACUCUCCCACGGUGCUUGGUUUUCUUGCUGGUACCUGGGUUACUCACGGACUGGAUCUAGAAAAAGAAGCGCUGCUGGGGGACAGCCCAGCCUGCCUGCGAUCACCCUGUGGAUAUGUCCGUGCUCAUGACAAGACUGCAGGAGUGUCCUCUCAGAGUCGUCCUGUCGCUCCAAAGGGGAUCGCUUCUGACAAGUCGACAGUGACAGAAGGGAGAUGUGUGGCUCCCUAG